AUGUAUAUUGCUAUUCAAGAUGAUAUUCCCCUUAGUCGUCCAAAGAAAAAGAAGCCCAGAACAAAAACCACACUAGCUAGUGCUUCUCUGGAAGGCCUUGUUCAAACUGCUGUUCAUAGGCCUUCUGAGGGCAGUGAGCUGCCAACUAAAGACCCCAGAGAACAUCCAGAAGCUCCUGUUCAGAGGAGACAGAAGAAGACAAGGCCACCUCUUGAGCUGGAAACUGCAUCCACCCAGAAGAAGGCGUCUAGUGCAUCUUUAUUACGAAAUGAAAAUGGUCUCAGUGUGGAGCCAGCUGAGGACCCAGUUAUUCAAAAACCUCGAAGGAAGACAAAGAAAACCCAGCCAGCAGAAUUACAGUAUGCCGAUGAGCUAGGAGUGGAAGAUGAAGACAUAAUUACCGAUGAGCAGAGUAGUCCAAAACAGCAGUCUGUAUUCACUGCACCCACUGGCGUUAGCCAGCCUGUAGGCAAAGUGUUCGUGGAAAAAAGCCGGCGAUUCCAGGCAGCUGAUCGUUCAGAAUUGAUAAAGACCACGGAAAAUAUCGACGUGUCCAUGGACGUGAAGCCUUCCUGGACCACCAGGGAUGUCGCACUUACGGUGCACCGGGCUUUCAGGAUGAUUGGUCUCUUUUCUCACGGCUUCUUGGCUGGCUGUGCUGUGUGGAAUGUAGUUGUGAUAUAUGUUCUGGCAGGAGAUCGGCUUUCUGACCUCCCAAACCUGCUGCAACAGUACAAGACCUUAGCAUAUCCAUUCCAGAGUCUUCUCUACUUGCUUUUGGCUCUAAGUACAGUUUCAGCUUUUGACAGGAUCGACUUGGCUAAAACAUCAGUAGCAAUCAGAAAUUUUCUUGCCCUGGAUCCAACAGCUUUAGCAUCUUUCUUGUACUUUACUGCUCUUACACUAUCUCUGAGUCAGCAAAUGACAAGUGACAGAAUCCACCUUUACACACCUUCUUCUGUUAACGGUAGCCUCUGGGCAGAAGGGAUUGAGGAGCAGGUUCUGCAGCCAUGGAUUGUGGUGAAUCUGGUGGUGGCCGUUCUGGUUGGAUUAUCUUGGCUUUUUUUGUCUUCCAGGCCAGGCAUGGAUCUCAGUGAAGAGUUGAUGUUCUCCUCUGAUGUGGAAGAAUAUCCCGAUAAAGAUAAAGGAAUCAAGCCUCUUCAUAAUGCCAACUCACCUUCAGAGUAGUGAUGGCCCAGUGUUUAGAAUUUUUCCUGUUCUUGUUUUUAAAUGUAUUUUUGUAAGAUAUGUACAGGUGUAUUUGGAAUUGAUUUUUUGAGUAUAUAAUAUUGAAAAAUUUCUCCAGAUUAUGGAAAAUGUUAAAAUUGUAUAUGCAGUUUAUACCCAAACAUUAAUCUCUAUAGCACUGUCAUCUUAAUGAGAAAAGAGAUAAUGAGCUGGAAACCAGCGGGUGAAAGUGUUUAUUUCCUGUUUUCUCAAAUUAGUUGCAUUUAUAAUCAUUACCUUAAAAAGCACUAGCACAGAAAAAGCCAUAACUUUAGUGUUACAAAACAUAUAUCAGGUUUAAACAAAUUUAGGGAAUAGAGAAGAAGGGGGAAAAAAGACCUUCAUUAUUUAUUUUUUAUGUCUCCUUGCUGAAUAAAUUGAAAUAUGAAAUUUGUCUUUUUUGAAAACUGGCUUAGUGGUUGUAUAUCAUGUAAUAAGUAUAAUAUAAUGUAAUUUAGCUUGAAAGAUGCUUUACUUCAUGGCUAAUAAAAA